GUUAUUAGUACGCGCCACCACGCACACGCACAGCGGCUGCACAUUUGCACAAAAUCCUAUCAGCAGGUCCAGCAGAGCCGGCCGCGACCGCGAGAGAGGGAACGCACGACGCGAGCAGUCCAUCCGUCGUUCGCCAUGGCUGAGGAGGAGGCCAAGAAGGUGGAGGUGGAGGUCACCGAGGCGCCGCCCACCGCCGCCGCCGCGGAGCCGGAGCCCGCGGCCAAGGACGUCGCCGAGGAGAAGGCCGUCAUCCCCGCCCCCGCCGAGGAGGAGAAGCCUCCCGUCGACGACUCCAAGGCGCUGGCCAUCGUCGAGAAGGUUGCAGAUGAACCUCCUGCCGAGAAACCAGCAAAAGGGGGAUCUAAUGACAGAGAUAUCGCUCUUGCAAAGGUGGAAAGUGAGAAGAGGAACUCAUUGAUCAAAGCAUGGGAGGAAAAUGAGAAGACAAAAGCUGAGAACAAGGCUUCAAAGAAGCUAUCUGCUAUUCUUUCAUGGGAGAACACGAAGAAAGCUAACAUAGAAGCUGAACUGAAGAAGAUUGAGGAGCAACUGGAAAAGAAGAAGGCUGAAUAUGCAGAGAAGAUGAAGAACAAAGUCGCGAUCGUCCACAAGGAAGCUGAGGAGAAGAGAGCAAUGGUCGAGGCAAAGCGUGGUGAGGAAGUUCUGAAGGCCGAGGAGAUGGCAGCCAAGUACCGUGCCACUGGCCAUGCUCCCAAGAAACUCAUCGGGUGCUUUGGGGCCUAAAGAAAUUUUCGGUUCACAACGAGCAAACGUGAAGUGUUCAUCAGUGGUUGCUUUGCUUCUCUCACCCUCCCAAGUGCGUAGUGUGUUUGUUGGUGCAAGAAAGGUCGUGCCUGGUGUGUAAAGUCUGGUGUUGCUGUAUAUACAUAUUGCUCCCAAGACAGAUACGUUGGUGCUGUACAUGUUUGAUGCUUGACAGGCAACAUUCUUAUGUGUAGUUAAGGAGUCACAUUGUUAUUGUUAUUGACAGUAAGCUGUUUGUUCUUUUCCUUGUCUCUGAAUUUUAUCUUCUUUU